AUGGAGUCCUCGGGCACCCUCGAGUCCACCACGCCUUUUGAGUACGACAUUGAGAGCCUCCUGUGUGAGAGCAAGACCUUCGUCUUUGCCACCUUCGCCACCACCAUCCUGUACUGCCUGGUGUUCCUCCUCAGCCUGGUGGGCAACAGCCUGGUGCUGUGGGUGCUGGUGAAAUUCGAGAACCUGGAGUCCCUCACCAACGUCUUCAUCCUCAACCUGUGCCUGUCUGACCUGGUCUUCUCCUGCCUGCUGCCCGUGUGGGUCUCCACCUUCUACUGGGGCUGGGUGCUGGGAGACUUCCUGUGCAAGCUGCUCAGCAUGGCCUUCUCCCUCAGCCUCUACAGCAGUAUCUUCUUCCUGACCGUCAUGACCGUCCACCGCUACCUGUCCGUGGUCAGCCCCCUCUCCAGCCUGCGCGUCCACACCCUGCGCUGCCGUGUGCUGGCGACCGUGGCCGUGUGGGCAGCCAGCCUCCUGUCCUCCGUGGGCGAUGCCGUCUUCCACCAGGUGCUGUCGUCCAACUGUGCGUAUUCAGAGCUCUGGGGGUUCCUGGCCUCGGUGUACCAGCACAACAUCUUCUUCCUGCUGUCCAUGGCCGUCAUCCUAUUCUGCUACGUGCAGAUUCUCAGGACCCUGUUCCGCUCGCGGUCCAAACGCCGCCACCGGACGGUCAGGCUCAUCUUCGCCAUCGUGACCGCCUACUUCCUCAGCUGGGCUCCCUACAACAUCAUCCUGUUCCUGGAGACCCUGCUGAAUACUGGGGUCAUCCGGAGCUGCGAGGUCAGCCAGCGGCUGGGCUACGCCGUGCUCAUCAGCCGGAACGUGGCCUUCUCGCACUGCUGCUUCAACCCCGUGCUCUACGUCUUCGUUGGGGUCAAGUUCCGCAGACACCUCAAAAGUCUCCUGCGGCGGUUCUGGCUGUGCCGGCAGCAGGUGCCCAGCCCGCCCCCGCUCCCCCAGUCCCCAGGUGCCUUCACCUACGAGGGGGCCUCCUUCUACUGA